UUUUUAUUAUGUUUACAUUUUUUCUUCCUCAAUUCACAUCGAAAAGCAUUCGUCGAGACAUCACAACUCAACCAGCAACAACAAACAUCACUAAAGUAGACUAAAAAAACAAUAAGGAAAUUGACUAGUCAGUCUGUGUGCAUCGUUUGUGGCAAAAACAACCAAGAAAAUGUAAUUAAAAGUUUCAAAUUAAAGGAAAAAUUGUGAUAAAAAAAAAGAUUUUUUGAGAGAUUUUUUGAAAGACAUUUUAAGUCAAGAUGGUUGUUGAGGUCGAUAAGCACUUGCUGCCCAUGAAGGGUCACUACUUUUUGUUUAAUGCAGGAACUGCUCCGGUUGUGCCGUUCAUACCUACUCUAGCAAAGCAACUUGGCUACUCAUCCGUGAUAGUCGGCAUAAUCUACACAAUUCUACCGAUCGUCGGUCUAAUAUCAAAACCACUAUUUGGUGCUAUUGGUGAUAGAUUUCACAUUCAAAAAAGACUGUUCAUUAUCUUUCAAUUAGUCAUCAUUGUUUCAUUCUUCGCCAUCAACUUCAUCCCAUCAAUACCAGCUAAUUCAGAGUUUCAUUGUCACAAUGGUGCGACUCUGAUGAAAUUCUGUCCACCAAACCUUAAUGAGAUUGAUAAAUGUAUGAUCGAGCAAGUUGUGGACGAGAAUAAUGCAAAUACAUUUGGAGCGCAUAUGAAAUGUGAAAAGAAUUCAGCAUGGCGGAGUGUUUGCAGCUACUGGAAUGUUCCAGGACUUUGUGAGUCAUCCGACAAGUCAGUCACGAUCAAUUCGUUUAUCGCACACAACAGAAUCGAGAGGCUUGGCGACUGCUUUCAUUUAGUAUUUUCAAAUGGCACAAUUAAUGACCAUUCCACGACUCUUUACUGUCCAAAAGACAAAGACAAGGUCGAAAUGAGUUGUCAAGUUGAUUUUGAAAGUGAGACUGUAAGUGAGCUUUUUGCUGGUGCUACUGACGAUCAAGUCAAGACUACAUAUCAAUUUUGGACGUUCUUUAUGAUGUUGGUUAUCUCAUGGGCUGGUAUGGCUGUUGUUGUCUCGAUUGGUGAUGCUAUUUGCUUUGAGAUGUUGGGAAAUAAGCCACAGAAAUUUGGCUAUCAACGCCUCUGGGGUUCAGUAGGCUGGGGAACAUUCUCAAUCAUCGCUGGACUUCUCAUCGACAAAUUCUCAGAAGGAAAGACAUCAAAAGACUACAGUAUUGGAUUUUACUUGAUGGCUGGUGCUUUAGUAUUCGACAUGAUUGUUUCAUCACGUUUAAAGCAUACACAAACGAAAUUAUCCACAAAUAUACUCAAAGAUGUUGGAAAAAUCUUUAAAUCCUUCAGAGUCGUUGUGUUCUUCAUCUGGUGCAUAUGUGUUGGAAUUGGAACUGCAAUGGUCUGGAAUUUCUUGUUCUGGCAUUUGGAGAACUUAGCAGCAACUCAAGAGUCGUGCAGCUAUGACUCAAGUAUGAAGACAUUACAAGGAUUAGUUAUGGGAAUUCAAUGUUUUGGUGGAGAAGUUCCAUUUUUCUUUCUGUCUGGAAAGCUGUUGAAGAAGAUUGGACAUAUAAAUGCAAUGAAUUUGGUGCUUGUUGGAUUCGUGCUGAGAUUUUUCUUGUAUUCGAUUUUGUCAAAUCCUUGGUAUGUCCUUCCAAUUGAGCUGCUUAAUGGCGUCACUUUUGGUAUCUUCUAUGCAACUAUGGCCAGUUAUGCAAGUUCUGUUGCUCCCCAAGGGACAGAAGCUACGCUACAGGGUCUCGUCGGAGCAGUCUUUGAAGGAGUUGGAGUAUCCACAGGCAGUUUCAUCGGUGGCAUCUUAAUGGAUAAAUAUGGAGGUGCCAUAACUUUCCGAUACUAUGCCUUGGCAUUUGCAGUCUUCUUUGUAUGUCAUUUAAUUAUUCAAUGGAUUCUCGAAAGAAUUUACGGACCACACGGUAAGAAAAAGUCAGAAGUUGAAGCCAUAGCUGACGACAAAGAUGAAAAUUUUGAUAUAAAUCGAGAUGAUAAUAAAAGUUAGGACUGAGAAAUUGAAUUAUUCAGAUUGUCAACAAAAGCUAAUUUUAAUAAUUUGCUCAAACAUAAAAGGUUGUCGUAUUUUAAGUUAAGAAUUUAAUUUUUUGAAAUUUUUUAAAUGGUACAAAAUUGAUUAAUGACCCCUUAAAAUAUCUAUAUGAAUUAGUUUACGCACAUAUUU